AUCAGAGAGCCACGAGACGAGAUCGAGUGAGAGUCGCUAAGAAAAAACUGAGGGUCCAAGACGGCCCCGACAGAGAGAAACUGUCCAUUUCAACUAAGGCUGCAACGAUUUAUUAUUUUUACUACAGAUUAAUCUGCAGAUCAUCCUCUUGAUAAUCGGUUAAAUGUUUUUGUCCAUAAAAUGUCAUGAAAUAGUGUAAAAAGCCUGAAGUGAUGUAUUCAGAUGACUUGUUUAAUGUGACCAACAAUCCAAAGAUAAUAAAAGAAAACCAUCCAGUUCUCACAUGUUCGGAAGCUACUAGCAGAUUCUUUCUAAUAAUAGGUUACCGAUUACAAGUUAGGCUAUUUAAAAUGUAAUAGUAGUGUAACUAUUCCAAUUACUUCAUCAAAGUAAUGUAACUUAUUACAUGAAAUUACUUUUUGAUUGCUUUUCUAAAUGAAUGUUUUUAGGUGUUAACCAUUUUCUUAAGACAGCUUGAGAGGCAGUUUAACUGACAAACUAACGGCAAAGAAAGACACUAUGCGCAUGAAAAACAUGCAAAGUAACAAAAUUAAUAUUAUUCAACAUAGAGCCGAGCUUUUUACAGAAAAUAUCCAGACGUAACCCUCAAUGUAAUCAUGAACAUUUAACUGUAGCUGUAAUUUAAUUACAUAUUUUCCCCAGGUAACUGUAACGGAUUACAGUUACAUUUAUUUUGUAAUUAAAUGACGUAACUAAAUUACACGUAACUCGUUGCUCACUAACACUGCUGAUUUAUUUAAUGCCACUUCCUGCCUCACCUGCUCAGGUAUCUACAUAUUUGAUAAUCUCAGUGCAGAAUGGCUGCAUGAAGUCUCUCAGAUGAGUCAGUAAUAUUUAGUUAACAAGUUUUCUUCUGCAGAUGGUCGCGUGCUUAUGUAACAGAACUGCAUGUGUGCAAGCAGAUAUAUGGUAUAAAUAACAUACAGGAAGUUCUUGUGCAACGCUGUACAUGUAUGUACUUGAUGACUCUAUGAUAGGCUGCUAUACCAUACCACAAUGCUUUAAUAAAUAAAGUAGCGUUGUAGCAAAGAGUUUUAUUAGGUUGCUGAGUUUUGUUAUUAUACCACAAAAAUGCUUAAACAAGGAUGAUUCUGAUGAUAUACUAUGUUGUUGUUUAUUGUCAAACAAAUCUCAUGAAAACAUCAAAACCAGCAGUGAACGUAUCUCAUAACAAGUCCUGUGUGUGACGUCUCCUCUUCCUCUGAGCCUUGGAGCUCCAUUGUUGUCCAGAAACUAUUAAACCAUCAGUGAGCGUCUCUGCUGCACACUGUAGUUUAUUCUGACCCACUACACCGUCCUACUGCCCCAAAUACUCUCUAGGGCACCAAAUGUGGAUUCAUCCGCCGCUGAAAAUAGUCCCCCAACAAAUGCACCAUUUCUUCCUGUUUGAAUAAGAUUAGAUACGAAAACCUACAGUGACCAGCUCAAAAUACUGAGCCUUUUUUUUUAAAACAAAUUAAAUCAAUAUUUGAAUAAACUACUGGUCCCACCUGACCAAGCAAGACUGUAGUAGCCAAACUCCUGAGCGUUUUGAACUAAACAAAAGUGUGUUUUGAAGACUUACAUCUUCAGUAGGAACCAAUGUGCUUGGAGCUGAGAGCCGCAGACAGGAAGACAGAUGAUAUUCAUGGGAUUAAUCGAUAAUAACAACAAUUUUAAAUAUAUCAUCAGCCAAGCAGUUUUAAAUGUUGUCUAAAGCAGUUUUAAAUGUUGUCUAAAGCAGUGGUUCUCAAACUUAAAUUAGACCAUGGACCCCCGUUAGAUUAGACAUUGUCCCAGGGACCCUGAUCUGAUAGGAUAUUUGCUUUUAGUUGAUUCAUUUAUUACAGAAAGUAUAUGAAACUCAUGAUCAAAAUAGCUGGACCUUCUGUCAUUGUGUUAGUACUUAGUGAAAAUACACAGUUCCCCUUUCGGCUGGGGACCUCCUGAAGCCCCUCAAGGACCCCACUGUGAGAACCAGAGGUCUAAAGAACCUGUACAAGAACUUCACUUAAAUAAAAUUGUGAAAAAACAUUAUGAUUUAAAUUUCAUCUGAUCUAUCUGAAAGAAUAAAUUAAUUUAUAAGAUUAUGUGGAUUUCCAGGUACUGCAGGUUUUUGAUGGACACAUUUCGCCAGAAAAGUAUUGAGGUUUGAUAUCCGGCCGUGUUAUUACACAGAGGGCAAUGGGAGCCGCACAGAUUACCCAGCAGGAUUAGUUCACACCUAAUCUGCCUAUAUCAAACACAAUCCCAGGGUGGAAAUCAUCACAUCAGUGGUGAUAUAAUCCAGACAUAAUCCGGCUGUAAUCCACGAAUUACGGCCUUUAUUUCACCUCUAAACACCAAUGAGGAGAAUCCUCAUUUAUAAUGCUGCUGUAACUAUGAUUAAUGUUUAUGGUGCAGUAAAUUCAAAACUGUGUAAGUUUAAAAGAAAAUCUUUCUCUCACAAGUAAAAAAAAGUUAAAUUCAUAAACAAUAAAAUGCACCCACAUGCUUACUUGGUCUACUGUUAGCAAACUUCAAAUAUUAUUAAUAUUAAGUGUUUUGUAUGAGUGACUCUUCUCUACUUGUGCUAAUGUUAAACUACAAUGAACUGAACAUUACCUCCGAAUUGUAAUUUGGGGCCACAGUCGCUGCUUUCUAUUAAUUUAUUAUUUAAAUAAAUAAUUCCAACAUUUUUUGAGACGCAGUUUUUCACUACCUUUCCGAGAGUCACAGGAAAAAGUUUGAUUCCAUCCACUCUCAUGUCUGUGUGUUAGAUACAUAUACUGUAGCUGGAACCUGGAGGCAAUUAGCCUAGCUUAGCAUAAAGACUGGAAGCAGGUGCGUACUCAUUGUCUUGUUAGCGACCGAGCUAAUCAGCUUGCAUCCUGACAGUUAGUGGUUUCAAUACAUCUGAAAGCUUUUUUCUCCCGUUAUUAGCUCUCAAUAUAAUUAAAUGAUGAUGAUGACUAAACAGAAAGUAGAAAGAGGCUCAGAGAGAUAUUGGAUACCGGCUGGAAAGCAUGUUAGCGGUUAGCUCUCUAACACAACACAACUAAUACAGUGGUUUUGCUUAUCAGCAAGCCUCUAGCAGGACCACUUUCUGGUGUGAUCAGGCUUUUACAGGUGUUGGUAGGUGUAUUUUUUUUAUCUCUGGAGAGAGCCAGGCUAGCUGUUUCCUCCUGCUGACAGUUUUUAUGCUAUGUUAGGCUAACCACCACCUGACUCCUAGCUAGAUUAAUAUCACUAUUUUCCUCUAAACAAAGCACAUGAGCAUGAUUCCUAAAAUGUAGAACUGUUAUGGUUAUGUAAAGCCGAAAUAAACCACACACAUAGAGAUGUGUAUUCUUUUAAAUGUUCCUCAUAAGGUGCAUUUGCAGUCGGAGCCCCGAGGUCGACCGAGUCAGUGAACUCUUUUAGUUCCCUUCUUAAAACAAACUUUAACUAGGAGAGCCUUUCCUGAUUUUAGUAGAUUGAAUUUAUUUAUUUUUUAUUUAACUGUAUUUUAAUUUCUUAAGUGUUUUCUUGCUUUUAUCGUGUAUCUUGAUCUCUGUCGAUUACUGUCUUUUGAAAAGUGCUAUUUAAAUAAAGACAAUUAUUAUUAUUAUUAUUAUUACAAGGCGACACACAAAGAAUAAAAACAAGACAACAGUUUACUGUUUUCUCUACUAGGUUCUUUAAAACCAAGAAGUGGUUCGAAAGGAUGAUUUGAAAUAGUGAGUCUUUGUUUUCAGAGAAUAUGUUGUAUUUUUGUGUGAGCCUGUGGAGGUGAUAGAGAGAAGGGAUUACCUCUUUGUGCCCUCUGGACCUUUGCAUUCCCCCUCUCUACGUGUAACUAUAGCUUACAUCCCUACCUCCCCAACACAUGGGGAAAAUGUCCUGGUCAGUGGUUUCCUUUGAUAGUAAAAUGCUUACAGGCAGGCCAGAGGGGCCGGCGGCAUUUCUAGGCUAUGCGAUGACCCGGUGGCUUUGGCACGGGCCAACUGUGAUGACGAGAGGCUUUCUAUUGUGCUGUGAGCCUCUACGUUUGGCCUUUGCCAGAGUAUAAAAGCUUGGGUUGAGUGUUGAAGAGACCAGCACGAGCCAGCCUCCCUCACACGGCACAGCAAGCUAUACUAACGCAGACUCUCCUGAAGCCCCUCACCAUGUCUCAGACCGCCAAGUCCGCCUCCAGCCAGGGCACCGACGCCAAGGACAAGGGUGCCCCCGCUCCAGCUGCCUCCAGCAAGGCCACCAAGACCGGCGAGCCCGGCAUGGGAUCCUACAGAAUCAUGCUGUUUGACCAGGAGAACUUCCAGGGAAGGAUGAUGGAGGUCCAGAAUGACUGUAUGAACGUGUGUGACCGUGGCAUGGAUAGAGUGCGUAGUAUCAUUGUGGAGUGCGGCCCCUUUGUUGCCUACGAGCAGACUAACUUCCGUGGGGAGAUGUUCAUCCUGGAGAAGGGAGAGUAUCCUCGCUGGGAUACCUGGAGCAACUCCUACCGCAGCGACUGCCUCAUGUCCCUCAGGCCCAUCCGCAUGGACAGCAUGGAGCACAAGAUCUGCCUGUAUGAGCUCUCUGACUUCAAGGGCAACAAGAUGGAGAUCCAGGAGGAUGACGUGCCCACCCUCUGGGCGCAUGGCUUCUGCGACAGAGUGGGCAGCGUGAGGGUGCCCGGAGGAGCGUGGGUGGGUUACCAGUACCCCGGAUACAGAGGCUACCAGUACCUGUUUGAGUGCGGUGACUACAGACACUACAAUGACUUCUGCGCCUUCCAGCCCCAGAUCCAGUCCAUGCGUCGUAUCAGGGACAUGCAGUUCCACCAGAGGGGAUGCUUCACCUUCACCUCCGCCAGCAAGUGAACGCCACCUGCAGGUCGUCUGGUGCUGCCGUAGCCACGCAGCCCUCUCAGCUUUUUAUUUCCCCAAACUCCCCCUUUACUCCAACCCUUUCCUAAAUCUCCACCACCGUCGCUCCCUCCCAAAAAGGAAAGACAGAAUGAGAGCAAAUACACGGGACAACAUCAACUGACUUUUUAUGGUGCUAAAAAAAUAAACAUGUUGUGAAAAACCUGAAACC